GCUGACCGUUCAUCAACAACACCUAACCGGUGAGACUAAACGGUGGGGCUCCUACACCAACUGCGUCUUAGAUCUACACAUUUGUCAUCGCACCACUUCCUCGGCAGUUAUCUCUAGCAAUUCCUGAGUACUGACCUGAAUUGCAUCGAAGUUGAAGACAAAAUGGUUGAUCCAAAGACGGCUGUGCUUGCCUUCGUCGUUCUCUAUGUACUCCCAUACCAGCUAUGCAUGCUCGUCUAUCGCCUCUGCUUCUCACCACUGAGCAAGCUCCCAGGUCCAUGGUUUACCCGAAUCUCCACCAUCCCAGAAGUGAACGCGCUUAAAGAACAGCGAAGAACAAAAUGGGUCAACACCCUGUUCGAGCAGAAUCCAGGCGCAGUGGCGGUCCGCACGGGUCCAAAGGCGGUCUCAUUCAAUCACCCUGAUGCUGUCAAGGCUAUAUACGGACACGGGAAGGGACAAGAAGAAUUUGGAAAGUCGAGCUGGUACGACGCCUUCUCCACAACAGGCGAGUCGCUCUUCUCCACGCGCUCCAAGAAGCGCCACGCCAUGAAGCGCAGGAUGGUAGCGCACGGCUUCAGCGCGCAGAGUCUGCAACUCUUCGAGCCGUAUGUUGACCUCACGAUUGAGAAGUUCAUGAAGCGUAUGGAUGAAUUUGCGCAGACCGGAGAUCCUUUUGAUAUUUACUUCUGGUUUGAGCUCUUCACUAUGGAUUUGAUGGGCGAGCUCGCACUCGGCAACAACUUCGGCGUGCUGGAAGCGGGGAAGCCGGCGAGGUACUCCAAGCUCGUGGAGCUGUCGCAGCGUUUUGGGAAUCUGAGUGGUAUUCUUCCGUUCGGGAAGUACAGCAAGAGGGUGCUCAGCUGGGUGCCUUUGCCGUACGUUCAGCAGCUGUGGAAAGCGAGAGUAGAGUAUUUGGAAUACGCCCGGCAUGCCUUGGAAAAGCGCUUCAAGAAUGAUCGCGCACAGGUUGCGCAGAGUGGGAAGCAAAGACAAGACAUCAUGCAGCGCUUCAUCGAGGCCAAGGAUCCCGAGACAGGGAGGCGGAUGGACUUUGACGAGCUGCGCGCCGAAACAUCAUCACUUAUGGUCGCAGGCGCGAGUACCGGCAGUGUGACCAUGAACUGGAUGAUAUACUACCUCUGCAAAAAUCCCCAGAUAAAAACACGCCUCAUACACGAACUAGACACAAUGUUUCCCAAUGAACAAGACUGCGGGAAACCCCUCCCUUACACGCAAGUCAACACCAUUCGCCUCCUCGAACACGCUGAAAUCGAAUGUCUCCGCCUCCACCCCCCCAUCGGGUACGCGAUGCCCCGCGAUACACCCCCAGGCGGAGCCGUCAUAUGCAACCACUUCAUCCCCGGUGGUGUCGCGGUCGGAGUUCCCGCCGCAACAAUCGGGCGCAAUGCCGCGGUUUAUCCCGAUCCAGAUUCCUUCCAGCCCGACCGUUGGGCAGACGCUACAGCGGAGAUGAAGACGUGUUUCCUGGGGUUUGGCUUUGGCAGUCGGCAAUGCAUUGGCCGCAACGUCGCGAACCAAUUCGCAGUCAAGAUGAUUGCAAGCUUGCUGGUGAGGUACGAGGUUGAGAUGGAGGACCCCGGGUUGGUGCUGGGGACGAAGGAGUUUACGAUACUGAAGCCGGAUAGGGAGUAUAAGGUCGUUUUGAAGAGGAGAGUGGCGAAGGGUUGAGCGGUUUCGUGUGCCUGGUGCGCGGGUCGAGCAUUGCUGUUUCAACCCCGUUGGGAGAAUCAGGUACUGCAACGCUAACUCACCAGGACAACGGAAUG